CUCAGCGCGCCCCGCUGAAAUGACUGCGAUGUGGUGACAGCGCCAAAAAGUUCCACCGAGCUCUCUGAGCUGCCCCUCCUCGAUGCAGCCACCAGUAUCUGGGGUUUCAGGUUGUAGGUCUGAGCAGCUCUGACUUCAGCUUUGAAGCUCAGCGCUGCACCUUCUCUGGACUUUGCAUCUAAUGCGGACGAGACGCAGCGUGAAUCGUCUUUCUCGCAUCGGGAAUAAUUGGUUCUUGAUUCUUGGUUUCCUGCGCCUUGAUAGUUUCAGAGUAAGAGGAGUCUGAUGAGUGCAGCAGGGCCAGCGGCCGGCUUCCAGGGUGGGGCUCGCCAGCGAGACUUCACCAUGGAGCACAAAGUCAGCAAGUUGACUUCCAGCUUCCAGCGCAGCUCCACGUCCGACGACGACUCCGGCUGCGCGCUGGAGGAGUACGCCUGGGUGCCACCCGGCCUACGACCUGAGCAGGUCCAGUUAUAUUUUUCCUGUCUGCCUGAGGAUAAGAUUCCUUACGUCAACAGUCCGGGUGAGAAGUUCAGAAUCAAACAGCUCCUCUACCAGCUUCCUCCGCAUGAUAAUGAGGUCCGUUACUGCCAGUCACUCAGUGAGGAAGAGAAGAAGGAGCUACAUAUGUUCAGUGUCCAGAGGAAAAAGGAAGCCUUGGGGAGGGGGACAGUGAAACUGCUGCCCCGCAAUCUUCUGAACAGCAUUUGUGAGCUUUGUGGUGAAAGCAUCAACGCUGGGGAAAUGGCGGUGUUUGCCUCAAGGGCCAACCCCGGGCUGUGCUGGCACCCAGCAUGCUUCGCCUGCUCCACGUGUCGGGAACUUCUGGUGGAUCUCAUCUACUUUUUCCAUGACGGAAAAGUCCACUGUGGAAGACACCAUGCCGAGCUGCUCAAACCCCGCUGCUCAGCCUGUGAUGAGAUUAUCUUCGCUGAUGAGUGCACGGAGGCAGAGGGUCGCCAUUGGCACAUGAAGCACUUCUCCUGUUUUGAAUGUGAAACAAUUCUGGGGGGGCAGCGGUAUAUCAUGAAGGACGGAAGGCCGUAUUGUUGUGGCUGCUUCGAGUCUCUCUAUGCAGAGUAUUGCGAAGCCUGCGGAGAUCACAUCGGUGUUGAUCACGCUCAGAUGACCUACGAUGGGCUCCACUGGCACGCCACCGAGACGUGUUUCAGCUGUGCACACUGCAAGAGCUCCCUGCUCGGCUGCCCCUUCCUGCCGUACCGCGGCCGCAUUUACUGCUCCAAGGCCUGCACUCUCGGGGAAGACGUGCACGCCUCGGACUCCUCCGACUCCGCCUUCCAGUCGGCGCGCUCCCGGGAGUCUCGCUGCAGCGUGCGCCUUGGCAAGAGCAGCCGCUCGGCCGACCAGUGCCGGCAGUCGCUCCUCUUCUCGCCGGCCGUCAACUACAAGUUCCCGGGUUUGAGUGAAAACGCCGAAGACACCCUGACCAACAAACUGGCCCACAUUAACUUAUCAGAUGAGCAUUUUUGGAAGGCGCGUGGCGAGGAGGUGGAGGCGCCUGAGGACCAGGAGGAGGAGUGGGCCGAGCACGAAGACUAUAUGACUCAGUUGCUUCUCAAAUUCGGUAACAAUGGAGUCUUUCAGCAAGCCAGUGACUCCAGACCGACCGACUUCUGGACUGCCGAGAAGGAUCCCGCGUCCAAGCAGGAGUCCUCAAAAACAGGCAGUGGUGGAAGAGGAGAGAGAGGGGCGUUGCUCAGUAAGAAGUACCAGGCUGACAUGUACUGGACGCAAUCGCAGGACGGACUAGGGGACUCGGCCUACGGCAGCCACCCGGGCCCGGCGAGCAGCAGGAAGAUCCAGGAACUGGAUUUGGACCACGGGGCUGAAGGCGGCUUCCACGGAGAGGAGCGGCAGUGGUACAAUGACUCUUUAGAGUGCAUCACGGAUGAAUUCAAGAAGACGGAUCCGAGCGUCCGUGACUCCAUGGAGUCUCUCGCGCUCUCCAACAUUACCGGGACCUCAGUAUGUGGCGAUUAUAUCGCUAGACCUCAGGUGUAUUCCCUACAAGGCCUUCAUGAGUUUGAGACAGAAGACUGUGAUAAAACCAGUAACAUGGGAACAUUAAACUCUUCCAUGUUACAUAGAAGUGCAAAUUCCCUCAAGAGUCUUGAGCAGGAGGAAGAGAACGUCCCAGAAGAGGAGGUGGUGUCCCUGCAGGACAGGCCCAAGCCUCACGUUCCUGCCAUCCGCAGGAGCCGCUCACAAUCCAGACCGCAGCAGGUCAAAUUCUCUGACGAUGUGGUGGACAACGGCCAUUACGGUGACGUUCCGAUGCGUCCGCCGCCUAUGAGCGAGCGGACCCGUCGGAGGGUGUACCACUUUGAGGAGCAGGGCCAGAGCGGUCAACCCGGUCACCACAACCACCAUCACAGGAGGCGUCGCAGUCGCAAAUCUCGCUCUGACAAUGCCCUGAAUCUUCUCCCCAAGGAGAGAGCCCAGAUGUGCAACAAAGCGGCUCACAGAGGAGGCGCCCUGAAACAUAAGGGGCACCAGUCUUUCCACGGUCAUCCCAGCCUGGCGUCCAUGCCGGACUACAGGCUGCAGGGCCCGCCUGUGGGGAGGUUCUUGGGGCUGUACGGCGACGACGACGAUGACUGGUGUUCCACAUGUUCUUCCUCCUCAUCCGACUCUGAGGAAGAGGGCUUUUUCCUGGGUCAGCCCAUCCCUCAGCCCAGGCCCCGCAGACACUACUAUACCGGUGACUUGGCCAGCCCUGUAGCAGACAUGUCCUUUACUUCCUACGACCAAUGGACCAAAUCAAAAAAGAAGAAAGGCCACAAAGGGAAGAACUGUAUCAUUUCAUAAGCCUUGAGUCCCCUGAGCUUUGUGUAAUGCAGCCAGUUGCAUUUGUCUUUCAUUUACAGUUUACACUGCAAUAACAGUUUGCUUGCCAUUAAACGCUUUGCAGCCCUCAGUUUACCGAGGUGGUUGUGUAUGACGCAAUUCAUGUAUUUGUGGGAUUACUGACUGCCAGUAAGAUAUCACAGAGUAACAUAUUUAUAAAACACGAUCUAAACUGACUUUAUUUAACACUGAUGGCUUGGUGUAUAUACUGUAGAAUGAGAAGAAAAAAACAUGAAGAUGGCUAUUUUUCUACCCUUGACAUGCUUUGGAACGAAAUGGCAUUAACAUUUAACUAUUGACGGUUGGUACUUGGCCAUUUUAUCUAGGCGCUAGAAUUUAAAUGACAAAUAUCCUGUGACCCAAAUUAUUAAACUGUAUUUGCUUCCAGGCUUGUGUGGACAGCAUGAAAGCACUGCGUGUAUUACAUUGCUUUGUUCAGCGGUGUAUUUGGGUCAUGGUAUUGUAAGCAAAUUGAUAUAAUCUGUAUAAAUGUACAAACUGGAGUAUAAGGCCAAGAUAGUUGAUAUAUAUCAUGAUCUGUUUUUUUUUUCUUUCCACAAAACGUAUUAAAUGGAUGUACUGGGA